AUGUCGUCCAUGCGAGGAUUAGUCCAAUUCAUCGCCGACCUGCGGAAUGCUCGAGCGCGCGAACUGGAAGAGAAACGGGUGAACAAGGAAUUGGCCAACAUCCGACAGAAAUUCAAGGGCGGCAGCUUGAACGGCUACCAGAAGAAGAAAUACGUGUGCAAGCUGCUCUACGUUUACAUUCAGGGGUACGAUGUCGAUUUCGGCCACCUGGAGGCGGUGAACCUCAUCUCGUCGACCAAAUACUCCGAAAAACAAAUCGGUUAUCUGGCCGUUACUCUGUUCUUGCAUGAGGAACACGAACUGCUGCAUUUGGUGGUGAAUAGUAUCCGGAAGGAUUUGCUGGAUCAUAAUGAGUUGAAUAAUUGUCUGGCCCUGCAUGCGGUGGCCAAUGUGGGGAGCAGGGAGAUGGGCGAGGCGUUGUCGACCGAUGUUCAUCGCCUGCUGAUUUCUCCUACUUCCAAGGCAUUUGUGAAGAAGAAGGCAGCCUUGACGCUCCUCCGAUUGUACCGCAAGUAUCCCAGCAUUGUCCAGAAUGAAUGGGCCGAGCGGAUCAUCUCGAUCAUGGAUGAUCCUGACAUGGGUGUGACUUUGUCGGUCACAUCGCUUGUCAUGGCCCUGGCGCAGGAUAAACCGGAGGAAUAUCGGGGUAGCUACGUCAAGGCGGCUCAGCGGUUGAAGCGCAUCGUGGUUGACAAUGACAUCCAGCCGGACUACCUCUACUAUCGGGUGCCAUGCCCGUGGAUUCAGGUCAAGUUCCUGCGCCUGCUGCAGUAUUACCCUCCGUCAGAGGAUAGCCAUGUCCGUGAGAUCAUCCGAGAGUCCCUGCAACAAAUCAUGAACGCGGCCAUGGAUACACCUAAAAACGUGCAGCAGAACAACGCCCAGAAUGCCGUACUCUUCGAAGCCAUCAACCUACUCAUCCAUCUCGAUACUGAACACUCCCUCAUGAUGCAGAUCUCAGCUCGUCUUGGGAAGUACAUCCAAUCGCGUGAGACGAACGUCCGGUACCUGGGUCUGGAAGCCAUGACGCAUUUUGCGGCCCGGGCGGAGACCUUGGACCCUAUCAAAAAGCACCAGAACAUCAUCCUGGGCUCCCUACGAGAUCGCGAUAUUAGCGUCCGGCGGAAGGGUUUGGACCUGAUUUACAGCAUGUGCGACACGACGAAUGCCGGCCCCAUCGUGAACGAACUGCUGCGGUACCUGCAGACCGCCGACUAUGCCAUCCGAGAGGAGAUGGUCCUGAAAGUUGCUAUUCUUACAGAAAAGUACGCCACUGACGCGCAGUGGUAUAUUGACAUGACCCUGAAGCUGUUGUCGUUGGCGGGCGACCACGUCAAUGACGAAGUGUGGCAGCGUGUGAUCCAAAUCGUGACCAACAACGAGGAGCUGCAGGCGUAUGCCGCUCAUACCCUCCUCGGCUAUAUGAAGACGGACUGCCACGAGAGCUUGGUGAAGAUCGGAUGCUACGUCCUGGGCGAGUUUGGCCAUCUGAUCGCAGAAAACCAAGGCUCCAGCCCGAUUGAACAGUUCCUGGCAUUGCAAGCCAAGAUGAUCACCAGCACUGACAACACGCGGGCGAUGAUCUUGUCAUCGUUCAUCAAAUUCGUCAACCUCUUCCCUGAAAUCAAACCCCAGCUCUUGCACAUAUUCCGCUUGUACAGUCACUCUCCUGACUCCGAACUGCAACAGCGCGCGUUCGAGUACCUGUCGCUGGCGACGCUUCCCUCGGAUGAUCUCCUCCGCACGAAGACUGCCGGCACCUCCGACAAGAAGACAUGGGUGGUGGGCGGCAAGGCAGCCAACGCCGACAAGCAAGAGGUCCUCAUGGCGCAGAACACCGGACUUAAGCGUACCUUUACAACGAUCGUCAACGGCACGAGGACCGGGGCCAACGGAAAGGCAGCGGGAAGUGCUUCUGGCGAUCUGGCCGGACUGGAUCUCAGCGCUUCGUCGGCGCCGCCACCCAACAUGGCCAGUGCGGCGCAUCUCACGCCGGAGUGGGACAUUGGAUACAACCGGCUGUACUUCGCCCACGAAGGCGUGCUGUUCGAGGAUGCGCAGAUCCAAGUUGGUCUGCGGUCCGAGUACCGCGCGCACAUGGGUGUCGUGAAGGUGUACAUCAGCAACAAGUCCUCGUUUGCGAUCGGCUCCGUCACCACGACCGUCGACAACCCCGCAGCCCCCAACCUCAAAAUCGACACCAAGAGCCUGCCGGACGCGUCCGUGCCACCCGCUGGCCAGACGCAACAGACGCUCUUCUUCGAGUCAAAGGGGCCGUUCACAGAUGCGCCCACCAUCCGCAUUUCGUAUCUUGCUGGCGCUUUGCAAGCGUACACCCUGCAGCUCCCGGUUCUGAUGCACCGCUACAUGGAGCCGUCGACACUGUCGGCGGAGGAGUUCUUCAAGCGCUGGCGCCAGAUCGGCGGCGGCCCGCUGGAGGCACAGCACACGUUCGGCGCGCAGCCCAAGGCCAAGGACAUUGGCGAAGCGUUCACUCGUCGCGUGGUGCAGGGAUUCGGGUGGAAGAUCCUGGACGGGGUGGACCCCAACCCGAAGAACAUUGUCGGGUGCGCGGUGUACCAAUUCGCGACGGGGAAGACGGGAUGUCUGCUGCGGCUGGAACCGAACUACGACGGAAAGAUGUACCGGAUCACGAUCCGGGCCACACAGGAAUCGGUGCCGCAGGCGCUGGCCAAGCAGAUGGAGCAACGGCUGUCGCAGGGCAACCUGGAGGAAAUGUACAGUGGACGGUAG